GGGGAAGGGAUGAAAAGGAAGGAUUUCAAGAGUAAAGAGGACUUCAUGUUACUCUUCAAACCCUUUUCUUUCGGUCUCUUCCUCUCCAAAACCAAAAGUAAAUGAUUUAUACUACCUUGCUGCAUGUUUAAAUAUGCUGUGGUUGCCUGUGUUGUACAUAGUGCUGGUUGUGUUGCACGCAUUUUUGGAUAGAUUGAUAUGCCCGUGUCCCUGUUGGGUGUACCCAUGUGUGUAGGUGGAUAGGGAGAUUGUCAUAGAAAAUUGAAGGUUUAUAUGGCAAGUAAAGCAUUAUUAAUAUUUUGUUUGUUCCUUUCGUUCAUUUUAACAGUAUUAGAUUCCAACCCUUGGAGAGAAACUUCAAAGCCUGUUUAUGUACUAACGCAAAAGGAAAAUCAAUUGUGGACAAUGAAAACCCGAAGAAAUAGAAGUGAGGUUGAGAGAGAGCUUGGCUUAUUAUUUUCCAAAGGAGGCAACUGGAGAUCUGGACUUGGGAAUCAGUCCAAACAAGCAAGGGGAGGAACAAAGUUUCAAAUGCUUGUGGAAGAUAUUAGAGAGGGAGUGCUGGAAUUUGAAGAUGAAAAUGAAGCAGUAAAGUACUGUGACUUGCUACAAGGAGGUGGUCAAGGUUGUGAGGGUGUUGCUGAGAUAGAAGCCUCAUCGGUAAAGAAAACUAACAAAUUGUUAUUUUCCAUCUGUGCUACUUAAAUAACUUCCAAACCA